CUCAAAACAUUCAGCUAAAGCAGCCCUGCAGUCACGGCGGGAUGCUUUUCCCCUCCUCUUUCUGCUGUUGUUGUGACUCUCAGACACGUUUGUUCUGUCCAAUCUAACCAUGUUUCUCACGCUAAGACGGCCGCGGGGCCUAUAAGAAGCCCCCAGGAGCCAGGUCGCUUGUGCAGACGGGUCCAGCAGAAGCAGCAUGGCUCCGAAGUCGGCUCUGAUCAUUUAUGCCCACCAGAGUCUGAGUUCAUUCAACGCGGCGGCUCGAGAUGUGGCGGUGCAGGAACUGAAGCUGCAGGGAUACCAGGUCGUUGUGUCUGACCUGUACGCCAUGAACUUCAAAGCCAACGCCACGCGGGAUGACAUCAUCGGUGACCUGAAGAACUCAGAGCUCUUCCAGUAUGGAGAGGAGACCAUGCACGCCUGGAUGGAGGGCCGUCUCAGCAAAGACAUCGUAGCCGAGCAGCACAAAGUAAAGGAGGCCGAGCUCAUUAUCUUCCAGUUUCCUUUGUACUGGUUCAGUGUUCCUGCCAUCAUGAAGGGCUGGAUAGACAGAGUGCUGUCACAAGGCUUUGCUUUCACCCUGGAAAAGAUGUACGAUAACGGGAUUUUCAAGGAUAAAAAAGCAAUGCUGUCCUUCACGACUGGAGCAACUCAGACAAUGUUUCAGCCUGAUGGCAUCAAUGGGGACAUCAACGUCACCUUGUGGCCUCUGCAGAAUGGGAUUCUGCACUUCUGUGGAUUUCAGGUUCUGGCUCCUCAGAUUUUCUGGAGUCCAGCUCACUGCCCCCCCACGGCACGAGCCGCGAUGCUCGAGGGCUGGCAGGCCCGACUCAAACGACUGCUUGCAGAAAAGCCUUUGACCUUUGCCCCCUGGGAGCUCUUUGACCUCAGCUUUGAGGGAGGGUUCUUGCUCCGGCCUGAGGUGAAGGAGGAGCGAGCGACGCAGCCUCAUGGUGUCACCACAGGACACCACCUGGGGAAGCCGCUGCCGCCCGACAACCAGACCAGAGCUCGGACCACAGAGGAAGAAGAUCCCGGCUGCACGAAGUAGGAGAGUCCUUCCAUCCAAACAGCAUCAUUCUUGUGCGAUCUUAGACAUGCUUUGUUUACUGAUGUUUAAAUUAAAACUUUAUUUUAAA